AUGAGGGACGAGGUGGAGGAGCUGCUCACCCGGCUCAGUACGGAGGUGCAUGAUGAAGUCAGCGCCGAGCUGGUCAACGCCGAUCACACGGCGCUCCUGCUGCUGCGCCAGGUGUUCGUGCAGGCGCAGAAGUGGCACCUGCGGCUCGACUCACACGUGGAACAGCUGGAGGACAAGGAGCUGAUCGACCUGGUGAAGACGUUCGAGGAGGACGAGCUGGCCGGCAAGCCCCGCGGUAAGGUCUGUCUGGCGCCGCUCAACGACGACAAGGCGUUGAAUGAGCUGCUCAAGCUCGGCGACGAGAAGGGCAAGCUCAUCGAGCGCAUCCAGAGCAUCGAAGCUCAGGCGUCAGAGCUGGCCUCCGAGAAGGGAGAGCUGAACUCGGAGCUCGGCAAGCUGCGGUCGGAGCUGGAGUUCCUGCGCUCCUCCAAGGACAACGUCUCCAAGGAGCAGCUGGAACAGAUCCAGGGCCAGGCUAGCACCGUGCAACGCGAGCUGGAGGCCAGCCUGCAGCAGUCCGAGUUCAGCAAGACGCUGCUGGCCGACGAGCUGGACACCACUAAGCACAAGCUGCAGGAGAUACGCUCCCAGCUGGAGCUGGCUGAAAUGGAACUGGAUCACAAGUUUCAGCAGACUGCUGCGUAUAGAAACAUGAAGAAGCUGCUGAUGGAAAAGAAUUCCAAAAUUAAAGAGCUCAGGUCGAAGUUGUCUGGUUACGAGAAGGAGGAUGUUAAGGAGGAGGAGGAGUGA